AUGAAAGCGUGCAGUGUAGUCGGAACUGCGGCGUCAUGGAGGCCGAUCCUCGCAGCGUAUUUGGAGAAUAUGCAUCACCGAGUUCCAUUUUGCAGCUACGUGGAUAUACUGAGGACCAACGAGGGCGAGGCAGAGGUGCAGGUAAUGGCGCACCCGGCACGGAUGCAACUCAUCCAGCUAUACAUGGCCUGCGCUAUCGGGGCGUGUGUCAAGCAGCUCAUCGGCGCUGUGUCGCCUGCAGCGCAGGCCCAUGAGUUUCUUGAGAGGGCGCUGGCGCUACAAGCAAUGCUACAGGGAAAAGAAGAGGUGGGUCUCGUCGAUCAAGCUGAGAUUACGCUAUGGCUGGUCUUGUACAAGCUGCGGACUUCGUAUACGAACGAGGUCUGGUCUUUGAUCGGAUCGGCUAUGCGCGCCGCCAUAGCUGCGGACCUGCACCGCGAGCGACACUACCACGACCGCAUGCCGCCGCCCGAAGCAGAGCGGCAUUGUCUACUAUUUUGGGCUGUCUACACGAUCGAGAGGAACGUUUGCUGGGCCAUGAGACGACCAUUCAGCCUAGCAGACUACGACAUCGACGUGCGGCUGCCCACGCCGCUGAGCCAUCCGGCCUGCCUCCAAGGGAACGAGAGCAACAAAUACCCAAACCGGCCGGUGGAUUUGAGGAUGUUUAUUACCUCCAUCAGGCUAGCUUGUAUCAAUUCGCAAGUCUACGUACAAGCGUAUCGGACGGGCCGUGACUGCGUUGCAUCGGAUGUACUGCCUCUCCUGGAGCAGAUGCGCGAGCUUGAUGUUGCCUUGCCGCAAUGCAGUGCCCCGGAUUACGAGUUUCUUCAAUUGCAUAUAAAUAUUUCCGUGCGGAUGCUCAUCAAACCACUGUUAUCCACCCUGUAUUCAUCAGACUCCCUCACUCGAUCCUGCUUGGAAGCAGCGGGUGCUGUCUGCCGCCUAUUCAAGCGCCUCCGGCUUAAUCACAGUAUUGGCUUCUCCUCUCCUAUGAUCAAGUCUGUUUUUCUUGGCAGGAAUGACUAUCUGGUGAGGGCCAUGGAAACCUAA